GGUGAUAUAAGAAUCAUUCUCCUCCUCUGCAGGUCUGGGCAGGGGGCUGCCACUGGGAGACCUCACUCUCGUGGAUAGUGUUUUUGAAGAUCAGCUUGUUCUCUCUCUGGAUGAUGAUGAGGAGCUUCCAACGUUACAAACAGUGAAGUCCCAUACGACCCACCCCAGAGGAACCCAGAGACAGUUCUCCCUCUCUGCUGCUGCAGACACAUUAGCCUCCAUGAUCAAUGGCAGGAGUCAGCUCUACACAGAGGUGGAUGACCUCAGGGCUAAGGUCAGUGUUGCUGGGGUAACGAGGGACAGCUCUGUGACUGACAGCAGGGUGUGGGACACGGUGACCUCAGAGGCCCUGCUCCCAAAGGCCACCUCCACCCCUCUAAUUCCCUUGGGACUAGAGGAACAACAAUCCACCUCCGUCUCCCCCUCUCCCUCGCCCUCCCCCGCUGACCAAGCCCUCGCCCGACUCAACAGACACUCCCACUCUUACCUAACCAAUCAGAGAGGGAGCCCGCCUCUGGAAUCCCCUGAGCUCAGCCCCAGUUUGGUAGCUCUAGUGAUGGACAGUGAGGAAGAUGAGGAGGGGGUUCUGGUGAAGUCUCCCCUCUCUCCCAUCUCUCCCCUGACCUCUGACCCUCGUAGCAGCGGGGAUGACACCUCCCCAGACCUCACCUGCACACGCACACACUCCGCGUCCUCAGAAGGCGACCACACCCUUGCAAAGGAUAUGGGCGACCAGAGGAUCAGACACCGCUCCUACUCCUACUCCUCCCCCAAGAUCAGCCUGCUGCCCCCCAGCUUCUCCCGCAACACCUUAGCCACGCCCGCGACCUCUGACUUCAGCCCAGAACAGAGAGCAUUCAGUCUAUCAGAGCAGCCUCUCGAUAAAAGGGAGUUAAGGUUCCGUAAGCGUGCCCAGUCUGCAGACGACGAGGGCAGCGUUGAGCUGGCAGAGUCCCUUCAACACCUCACCCUCUCAGAGUUCCUCAAAGAGUACGUGGGCAUCGCCCCCUUCUGGGCUGGCAGCCCAGGCCCUUCCUUCCUGGGCAGAUAG